CUUGUCAAAGUGAAUAACAAUUGGUGUUUGCAUGUCACAAUUAUUUAUUAAAUUUGUACAUUAAUUUUUUUAUUACAUUUAUUAUUAUAAUGCUAAAGGAAUUGAAUGUUGAAGAUAAAACGUACUUCUUUGAGUGUGCAGUGCAGGGAGAUGUAAUAGAAUACUUGUUAUAUGAUUCCAAUGAAAACUGGACGGCAGUGAAAACUCAGGAGGAGGUGGCUCAGACUUUGCAGUUGCUGAACAAACGCAUCAAGUACGAUGUGGCUACGGCCUAUGAUACUUUGCAAAAUACGCAACCGGAAUCAGCUAAUUGGAUGGUGAAAGAUCAUGGAGUUGACGCGUCUAGUGCCAGCGAGCGUAUAUUGACACUGAAAUAUCGUGUCAAAGGUUGUCCAUUCAAGUUUGAAUGGCUUUUAAAGCGAGAAGAUAAGUCACUUACUAUCCCACUGCCAGUAAACGAGGUUACCAGUUUAGUAGACCGCUUGCCAGUGCAAAUCGAAGAGCUAUUGGAAGUUUUACGGCGCAAAGAAGAUGAAAUAAUUCAGUAUCGAACAGAGUAUGGCAGUCUGCGGCGAUCAACUGUUGCCACAAACCCGUUUGAUGUUAACAAGUUUCGUGAACGUUACGCUGCAACUGAUAUGAAAGUAAAGAUAUUGCAAAAGCUUAUAGCACGUUGGCGGGUUGAGCAUGGCCAAACCGAUUCAACGCAGGCCGCAGAAAUCUCCCAAAGCAACACAUCUAGCCCUACAAACAUAGUUAAAAAAGAGGAAACGGAAAGAAGAUUGCCGAGUAACUUUAACAAAAUACUCGAGAGCCCACGAAAUAGAAAGCGUAGAGCAAAGCAAGAGAUACAAGCGCAAAUGAAACGUACACUUCACGCACGCAGACAAAAAUUAGAAUAUGAAAGUCAAAGUCAAUCGAUGGAUGAGACCAAGGAGGUAAUUGAAGAGUCGGAAAAGCCAACCAGCAGUGGGAAGGCUAUAAAAAAUACAAAAUGUAAUGAAAAUGAAACAGCAACGGCAAGUGGUAAAAAGGGAAUAAACACGCCCAUCAAGAGUUCCAACAGCAAUGUGGCAAACGCAGAUAAAAGCCAGAUUAUUAAAGCUGCAAGCGAGCCUGUAAAGGAGGUAGCAAGUAAAACAAAAAAAUUGUCACCUCGCGUCGAGGGAAGGCCAGACACCCGACAAAGACGUCGUGAAUGCGAAAUUCACGACAACAGUCCCAGUGAUUUGAUGAUCAUUGAAAACCCACUUCAAAAUGUGGUUUAUACGGUGGACGAAAGUGUGGAGCCAGUAAAAAUCAAUGGUGUUAAUGGUGUAAUAGGCAAUGCUACCAAUCAAAAUGUAAAAAUUAAAUUAUAUUCUUCCAAUAUACGGGAAAGAUUUAAGUCUCAGUCCAUGGAUAAAGUACAGCAACCUAAGAAUGAUGUAAGCGCUUAUGUGGACAGCGUGCUUAGUCAACUAGAUGCUUUUGAUAAGGAGUUGAAAGCGCAAUUCAGCAGUGCAUGCAUUGAAUGAUAGCGGUGCUACGUUCUUAGCAAUAAAAAAUAAUAGCUUUUGUAUAUGUCCUUUUUUAUAAUUUUGUGUAUGUAAAUUAACGUGAAUUUUGUAUAUUUGUAGUGAUAUUGUAUACCAACGUUGUUAACUAGCAUUUACAAAUAAAUUAC